UUCAGAACAAUCAAUUUCCCUUAAGAGAGAGUGGGAGCAGGGCUGGAGUGGAUGGCACAGGACCUGGAUACUCGCAUUUUGUGACGCUGAACGGGACCGGGCACUGGGGAUAAACCUGUGGAGAGUUGUGAGAGAGCUGGAAUACGACCAACUUGGGCUUUUGACACUUCACGAGCUUGAGAGGAGAGCAGCUGUGAGAAGCAGCAGACACACAGGCCAGUCCUGAUGGCAGGCGCUUGGGGGUCAGCCUGCACUGGACUCUGGCUCUAGCAGCCCACUGGGCCCUCACUUCAACUCUGAACAUUUCACAGCAGGACGAGUGCCCAUGAGGUCGUUGACGCUGGUCCUGCUCGUCCUGAUCAGCGUCCAGGCUGCACUCAUCAUGGGAGGCCACACCCAGGAGCAGGGGCCAGCCAAUCAGCACGCAGCAGCGCACCACUCAGCCAGGCCUCACGGCCAAUCCAAGCAGGACUCGCACUACGACGACCUAAUCCCCAACGUGGACCCCAAACUCUUCAACAAGCGCCGUUACCGCUCGCCUCGCGUGCUGUUUAGUGACGUGGUCCCUACGGAAAAUGACACGGGUAGCCCCAGGCGCCCACGUGUCCGGCGGAAGGCGAACGACUUCUUGCAUCGCGGCGAGUACUCGGUGUGCGACAGCGAAGAGCACUGGGUCGGCAACCUGACCCAUGCCACAGACUUAGCGGGCAAUGAAGUCACGGUGCUGCCGCACGUUCGCAUUAACAACGUCGUAAAGAAGCAGCUUUUCUACGAGACCACAUGCCGUGUGUCGAAGCCCGUCGGGGCCCCCAAGCCGGGUCAAGGAGCCAGCGGCGUUAAAGCUGGAACCUCUAGCUGUCGUGGGAUCGACAACAAGCACUGGAACUCUUAUUGCACCAACACGCACACCUACGUGCGGGCGCUAACGUCCUACAAAAACCAGAUCGCCUGGAGGUUCAUCCGAAUCAACGCCGCUUGCGUGUGCGUCCUCAGCCGCAACUCGUGGAGGCACUGACUGACUUAUUGACUGGUGACUCAGCCAAUCCACUGCAGCCUCCUGUCGUAAGCCCCUCCCACCCGUCAAUAAUAACAGCCGUACUGCCAACGUCGGUGAUCCGAGACUCCGCCCCUUUUCUGAUUUCUUUAUGACAUCGCAACCCAGUCCCCUCCUACCCUACCUCACUCUGUAAAUUAUUGGUUGUUUAAGUUAUGAGGACUGCAUGACAAUAUUUAUAUAGUUUAUACUGUCAGAAUAUAAAUAUAAAUAUAUAUAUGUGUAUAUACAGUAUACAUAAAGCAAGCUUUUGUUGUG